AUGUGUUGCAAAAAAAAUAAAAAUCGUCAGCACUUAACGAGACAAUAUGAAAAAUAUAUAUAUAUAAAAAUCGUGCUAAUAUACACGACUUUGAUUUGUUCACAGAAAAAAAUGAGAAAUACAGAGAUGAGAUUGAAAUUUUUUGACUUUUUCUUAACAACAGCUUCCCUAGUGUAUUUCUUUUCCAACACCAAAUUCUUUUUUUUUCUUAAUUCAAUACUCAUUAUGGCUAGAACCAGAUCAAAAACAAAUGCUGCUGCAUCUCCAGCUAGCUCUAAAGUCACUAAACCAGCUGCUUCCCCAAAAGUUAGCAAGACUAAGGCAUCUCCAAAAGUUAAAGCAUCUCCAAAGGCCAAACAAACUCCAGAGAAGAAAGAACAAGAAUCUAGUAUAAUCCCAGAAAAGGUGUUAAAUAAAGCAAUUUCUGAAUUGAAGAAAUUUAAUGAAAGACAACAAGAAGCAAAAGAAAAUGAUGAAGAUAAAAAACUGCAAUUAUUUGAUAAUGAUCAAGAAGAUGAAGAAUCAUUUUAUUUAACUAUAGAAUCAAAGAAAUUUUUCAGUUCUAAACCACAAUUCAAACCAAAGAGUAUUAGAUUGAGUAAAUCAAUUCAUCCUGAAUCUACUUCUACUUGUUUAAUUAUUCGUGAUGAAUUUAUUAAAACUGAUGAAAUGUUGGAACAAUUAGAAAAUGAAACCGAUUUAAAAAUUAAUGAAUUUGUUCCUUUGAAAAUUGUCAAGAAUGAAUAUAAAAAUUUUGAAAAAAGACGUGAAUUUCAUUCCAAAUUUGAUUUCUUUUUAGUUGAUGAAUCUAUUUUAAGUAUAAUGCCAAAUGCUUUAGGUAAAAUUUUUUAUCAAUCUAAGAAAUUUCCAAUUCCAAUUAAAGUUUCUUCACUGGGAUCUCCAAAAGAAUUAAGUUUAGUUACUUUGAAAAACCAAGUUAAUAAAGCUUUAUCUAGUACUAGUUAUUUACCACCUAUUGGUACUAAUAUUUCUGUCAAAAUUGGUUUUAUUAACUAUGAUACUAAAGAUUUAAUUGAAAAUAUAAAUGAUGUUGUUAAAACUUUAGACAUUAAUGAAAUUAAAUCUAUUCAUUUGAAAUCAACCACUUCUCCUGCAUUACCAUUAUUCUACACCGACAGUUUAUAUAGUGAAAAUGAUGUUGCUAAGGAAGAAGAGCAAGAAGAAGAGGAAACUGAAGGUAAGUUGACUGCUUUCGAAGAAGGUUUGUUAGAAUUAGGUGAUGCCGAAGAAGUUGCUAAAGUCAUUGGUAAAAAAUUGGGUGAAAAGAAGAAAAAGAAUAACAAGAUUAAACCAGCCAAAGGUAAAGUUAGUAAAAAAUAA